AUAACCUGUAGAACAACACCAAGGCGGAGACAUCUGUCGGCCAUGAAGUGGGACACCGCCUAUUAUCUUCCAUUAUGGGCUCUAGGCUGAGAGAGAACCCAAAACGGCUCCUGGAGUGUUGGUGCGAGGUGGUGGGUCCCAAGGGAAGAGAGCGACCGGCAUGGAUCAUCCAGAAGUUCCCCAACAGCUACGACAUCGAAGAGGUCCUUAAAAGUGUUCCCCAGUUUGCCUUCCCGUGUUCGUUUGAAAGCUCAAAUGUCCAACACUUUUCUUUUGUACUGACAAGCCUGGACUCAAAAUGGACGUAUGGGUUCUGCCGUCACGCUCCAGGGGCAGAAACUGCUCUUGUGUUGCUCUCACAUCUACCAUGGCACGAGACAUUUUACAAACUUCUCAACCACCUGUCGGAGAUGAUGAGCUCCGACAGGACGAGCGACAUGGCCUCGUGUCUCCAGAACAUCUACAAGUCGCCGGUUCCUCAUCCUGGCUCGGAGAUUACCGUACCUUACGGGGACAGCAAGUUCUUUGUAGCUCAGUGUCCAAACCAUCUAAAACUUCCAACCAUCCCAGAAAAUCGGAACCUCUCGGAGUACUACAACGCCGUGGAUACAAACAACAUGAUAAUUAUAUUCGCAUCGAUGCUGUACGAAAGACGGAUCAUCAUGAUGUCUAAACGUCUCUCUAGGCUGUCUGCGUGUGUCCAGGCAGCCAACUCUGUCAUCUACCCCAUGCAGUGGCAGCACAUCUUUAUACCCGUGUUGCCGCAGCACCUCCUCGAUUACCUCCUGGCCCCCAUGCCUUUCUUAAUAGGGGUCAACACCUUACUCUUGGCGAAAGUACAAAUGGAUGACGUAGGGGAAGCUGUGAUAUUAGACGCUGACAACAAUACUGUCAAGACGCCCUUUAAUGAUGUAGACACCUUGCCUGAUGAGGUGGUUAUUAAUCUCAAAAGAAAUCUGAAGUCGUCAAACAACAUGCUCGGCGACAGUGUUGCUCGUGCGUUCCUGCGCGCGCUCGUCCAGCUCAUAGGCAACUACAAAGAAGCAUUACAGUUUAGAGAAGAAGAUUCGAGAAUAACUUUUAAUAGGGAGAAGUUUGUUGCAAUCCGUCCUCCAAAUUUCCAGCCAUUUGUCGAGAAAAUGUUGGAACUUCAGAUUUUUCAACAGUUUAUUGAAGAAAGAUUAGAACGCCUUAACUCCGGUAAGCAAACUUCGGAUGAGUUUGAACUAGAAGUAAGUGUGUAUUGUGAAAAGUCGUCGUCCAAGGUGAAGCAGCAGUACAAACAGUUUGUCACUAAUGUGCGCAAAGAGGGCGGUGCUAUAGUGAAGACCAUGAAGAACAAGAGCCCGUUUAGACACCUGAAAAGUAACAGUAACACCGUAACUAAAGGUAGCAAACAAGUGAAAGAGAAGAGCAGACAGACGUACAAGGACCUGAGAGGGAAGAUAAAGGACUUCCAGCAGCCUAGGGUGGAGGAUGGUACACUGCCACCAACCUGGAUCAAUGGUGAGUCCCCACAAAAGCCUCGGUCAGCGCCCUCAUCUCCCGUCCUCGGUGUGAAGCGGCGGCCACGGACGGUCGGUGGCAACAUGGCCGGAUACUCAGCUAAAGCUACGUACAAGAGAGCUUCUCAGAUUAAUAUUAGAGAAGACUGCAUUUUACCCGGGGCCCCUAAGUAUGAGCUAAUUGACACUGACAGUGGGUUGAUGUCUCCGGGCUCCACAGACAGCCUCAGCACGCCCUCCCCUCAGAGCAUCGACCUCAUAGGUGAGAUGGAGGAGAUUAUCCGUGCCAAGCUUGGUCAGGAGAGUGAGGUGGAUGGGGAACCAGGUCACAGCAGCACGGGAGGUAGCAACAGUGCCACGAGCAGCGUACACAACAGCCCUGGCUCAGAGUCUGCCUCGGGGUCAACCUCUACUGUCACCAUGCUGCAGUCUCUCAAAGACCAUCCUCCAUCACUCAUGGCUUCAAAAAGGCUAAGAAAGUCACUCACUAUCCCAUCUUAUUUGGCCUUUAAUAACGAACCUGCAGCCUGGAUGUUCAAAGGCAAUGUGUACCGUGGGCAUCUGAGUGCCAGCCUCACCUCUCUCCCUCUCAUUGACCUCUCCUUAAACAUUGAACUUCCUCCUCCCAUUAUGACAUCUUUUGGCUACCGUUUCCCUGUCACCUUUGAGGAUGACAAUGGUGGUGGUGGUGGUGGUGAAGAUGAGGAUGUUGUAGGCAGCCCCUCCUCUUCGCACUUUCGCUCACCUAAGCUUCUGCACAAUGAAUCUGAUUCCGUCGACACUGUUUAUGGGGACGAUGGUUCCUCUGUGUUAGAUGAAAAUAUCUGGGGACAAACCCACCUCUCGCCACAUUCUCCUUCUCCUCGUCCUUCUGUCUCCAACGUCUCUGCUGUAUGUACGAGCCAGUCGACGUCCCCCCGAGGCCGUGGCAAAUCAGGCACGCUCAGGCAGUUCUGUGAUUGUCCUGCGUCUGAAUGUUCUGCCUCUGCUCGUAGAACCACAACCACCAUAUCUAAUACUACUGGCACUUGCAAUGCAUCUUCUGUUUUCUCUUCUGCAAGGAUGUGUUUUCACCAUGGGCAUGAGUUCAUUUCUCCUACAAAGUCCUCAAAAAGAUCACGUCACGUAGACUGUUUGGAUCCUUCCUCCUCUUGCAUUGAUUACCCCAAGUAUGGUGCAAGUAAAGCCUUCUCUGCUUCACUCUCCAAAUAUUCCACCAAAGGGGGCACGCCCGGGUAUUUUUACUCAAAGCUUACCAAGUCUAUAGAUGACAGAGCGCCAGUAGCUGAGUUUGAAGCCAUAGAAAACUCAGAAGAUUUUCUCCUAUGUUCUCCUGUAAAUAUACCACAGGCCACUUUUUCCUCUCCCAUUAGACCUGGCUAUGCUGGUAACUUCCUCUUCUUCUCCUCUGCCUCUCACCCCACAGACAUCAUGACCAUGAGUCUCCCAGCUGUUUUAACCAGCAUCUCUCCACCCCCACUCUCUCCUUCCCCACAAGGGAGAAGUCUCUCUCCCACACCUCAAGGGAGAAGUCUCUCUCCCUCUCCUCAGUAUUCUUACUAUGCACCUAUUUCCUCACGGUCCUCCAGCCCAUUUCCUCCUCAUUCAUCAUCCACCUUUCCUCGCAAGUCUCGGGACUCGUCCCGGGCAUCCCUGAGCCCCUUGCCCCCACCUCCCCCAUCCCUAGGCCGCCGCACAAGGAGCCCUAGCCCGCACCUUGGCUUAGAUCAGGGGUCGGGUGAGGAGGACGGGUCAUCUCAGGACCUCAUCUUCCUGGAGUCUCCACAGGAUGAAAUCUUCGAUCCACUGUAUGCCAAGGACCUCCCCCAAAAGACUCAUCCCGGAGGAAGACCUGCCCAACCGCCACCACCUGUCCCUACAAGCAAAUCAACAUCCAGUCUACCAGGAGCAUCAACAGCUGUUGAAAAAGGGGUUGGUGUUGGCAGUUUAAGUACCUCCCAGCUUCCUGGUACCACUGCACCUCACCCGGCUCUCUCACGUUCCACAGCCAUCAACACUACUGGUCUACCUAAUGCCACGCCAAAACGCCCUUCAGAGUACCGCCUAUUGGCAUCGUACCAGCCACGUGGAUCUGAGUACCGUCAGUUCUCCUCCUUACAAACUAGCAUGGGCACUCCAAUUGGUUGCCAAAAUCCCAUUUACAACCAGCAUCAACCUCCAGGAGUAGCUUCCCUCCCAAGUACCACUCGAGCAGGCAAUGCAGCAGCAGCAUUUGCAACCAGCAUGUUGUCCCAAAGUUCAGAGGAGACAUCAACAGGAACAGUGACUGGUAGGCCUAGCCCUUAUGUUCAGUUUGAACCACCAUUUGCACAGCAUGGUAAAGCUUCCAGCACCACUUCCCAGCCACAGCGACCCCCUCGCCUAUCUGAGAGAGACUUGUUAGGGGACUUUUCCAAAGACUUCCAAAAACUUACAUUAAACAGCCCUUCUAAGACAGCAACGGCAGGGAAUAACAAUAACACAAUAGUAAAUAAUAAUAAGGCCCCUUUGUCUAACAGUGAUACCAGGGGUGCAAGUGAAAACAAAUGGGCAACAUUUGAUUAAUGAAAAACUAUUCUAUGACGUAUUAAUAUAUUUAAAGGGGAAUGUUUCAGAAAAGUAGUGGAUGAAGACCAAAACUGAAUCGGUUCAUUUUAACUCAGUCAUCGUGGUUGUGAUACCAUAUUCAAGAGAUGUAAUACAGACAGAAUAUCAAAUACAAUAUUCUUUUUGUAAUAUUUUGAUAGGACAUUCUGUGUUGAAUUUUAUAUAGAAGCAUUUAUCUAACAUGGUGCAUAUUCAGAUUACAGAGAAGUGUAUGUUCCAUUAAUAUAUAAAACUGUGUUGUUAUGGUGAUUCCAAUUGCUUCACAGAAAACUAUAUUCUCAUUAGCUUUAUUUCAGUACCAUUUGGUAAGUUAGAACAGCAAAACCAAAGACUGACAGACCCUGUGAUGAAGAUGAACAACCACUGCCUAAGUUAGUUCAGAAAAGAAACUAGAGGUGUGAUUGUUAUAUGUUUUAUAGAAAGGGUGUGGUAGUGUGGCCAGGAGCUUGUGUAAGGGCUCUUGACACAAGGUGGAAUCCAUCCAUGGUGAUGAGGUACUUGGCUUUACUACUUCAUUAUUGUGAUACAGGUACACAGUUUUAAUGACUGCUUUAGAGAACAUGGGAAUAAGAUGGGAAGAAUUAAGGUUAUUGUAAGUGCUUCCCCAGGAGAAAAUAUUUACUGAAAAAAUUUUAAUGAAGGAAGGAACUUCUUUCUUUGUGUUAAAUUAGGAAAUUGUAAACACAGAAAACUGGAGAACUUAGGGUCAGAUUAAACUUUGGUACACUUUAGUUAACGAUGAAUCACUUGUCCAGGUUUUCUAUAUUUUAUGGAUGUUAUUAAUGCAGAAAAAUGUAUUAAUUCACAUAAUGUGUGUACCAAACUUUGUAAGACAAUUCUUAUAAGCUAAUUACAGUGAAGGAUUAGCGUCAAAUAAUGUACGACAAACCCAACGAAAUAUUGCUCUCAUUGCAAGUGAUGCAAUACAGUAUAGUCCACUGGAGUAUGAAGUUGGUUUAAAAACUUUUAAAAUGUUUACAUCAUCAAUCAAAUAUAAAUGAACACAUAGUUGAUCUUAUUGUUGCAGCUUUGUUGUUGAUUAAUUUAUUGUUUUAGCUAUUUGAAUAAUGUAUUGUUUAAAAGAUUACAAGUUAUUAAUUAUGACCAACAUUAUAGUAUACCAGUUGUGUAGUACAUGAAGACUGAUGCUGUUGAUUGAUGUUUGUGUACUGAAUUGCAAAUAGCUGGUAGUAACAAAGUAAAUAUCUUUGAUUGAGUCAUGUAUGAGAAUCUCUAGACACUUAUUUCUUCCAUGAAUCUUCCCCUACAUUGUUCACAUUAGUUUUCAAAUUGAACAUAUAAUUAAAAGUUUAAUGAGGAAGCUUGCACUGGUUAUGUUGCAUCAAUGUUGAUCACAGUAGAUAGCAUAUUGUAAUAUUAGCUCCUCCGUGUCAUCAGUUGUGAACAGCCCCCACCGGAGUCGACCCCACCUAAACGGGAUAAAACGUACGGUACCAUUAAUCGCUGUUCCUAAUUUACCGACAGCAGUUAAGUUUUAUUAGGUAUUCAUUCCAACCUCUGCUGUCAGUGUAAGGGAACUAGUAAUGUUACUUAUGCCCUGUACUGUAUUAUGAGUUUUUACCCUCCUAAUGAAGAUGGCUUAUGGUGAAAUGUACAUAUAUAUAUAUAUUAAUGAACAGGUGUUUUAAUAUAGUAAUCACAUUCUCUUUAUACAUGUAAAUGCCAAAUUAUUGUUAACUUGGGAAAUUAUAUAUUUUCAAGAGCAUAAUUGACCCUCCCCAUUGAAUGUGUAACUCGUUUAAAUAUAUUUUUUUCCGUGUCUAAGAGAGGCGUGUUAGAAGCCACUGUAAAUACGUAAGGCUUUAUAAAAUCUUUAUCAUGUGAUAAAUAUCUUAACUGUAAGGUGUUAAUAUGUAAGGGUGUCUGUCAGUCACCGUACAUGUUAAUGCUCUUGUUUUGAAUGAAAGCAAUGUUUUACAUGUACACAUACAAGCUGCAUUAUGUGAGAACAACCCUUGUACAGAUUUAGUGCUGCUGCCCCAUUCUCAUCCCAUAUUCAUGUUUAUUAGUUAAGUUUCUUUGUGUAUUACAUGGAAACUUUAUAGGCACAAUCUUUUACUCUCAUUAUUGUUAUUUUCUUAUCAUACAAAAAUAUUUAUCAACAAUAAAUUCAUCAUUAAAAUCAA